CAAUAAAAAGGACGCAAUCAGAUUUGGAACUAAGAGACCCUUCGAUGAAUUGGUUAAAUACUUAGAUAAGAGCUUCUAUUCUCUACGAGGACACCCAUGGGGAUUGGAGCAGGGUGAUGAUUCGGUAGAAGAUUUUUAUAAGAAGUACAAGGAGUAUAUAAAGCUUUCUAGAUGGGAUGAAA